CAGCUAUUUAAAACCACAACUGACACAUGCAGGAGGUCAAAAAUAGUCAGCCCUUCAGGGCUAAAAUUUCCUAAGCCACAAGUGUACCAUGGUGGAGGUAUCGUUUAAAAAGAGCAUGCUUUUAACAAGGACUAUCCCCAGAGAAAAGGACAAUAAACACUGAGGAUAAUAUUCUGCUUGAAUAAAAAACUGUCAAAAUGGCAGCAGUUUUGGGUAAGUUUAUGGAAUUCCAUUCAGUUCACGGGACAAAUGUGAGACUGGACCCCUCGAGGACUCAAGCCACCCGAGUAGAAAGUUUUGCAAAUGGCGUCUGCUUCAGUAAAGGCCCUUUAAGCCCUGGAGAGAUCUUCCUAGUGGAGAUAGAAGAGAAAGAACUGGGUUGGUGUGGUCAUUUAAGGAUCGGACUUACUGCCCACGACCCUCGAACACUGGAAACUGUGCCAGAAUACUCUCUGCCUGAUCUAGUGGAUAUGGGAGACAGCUGGGUAUUUGCAAUAACAAGAAAUCAUAAUAAAGUCAUUGAAGAAGAAGGAGAAGGUGGUGAACAGCCAAAUGUUGGUGAUGAGGCAGAAAACAAGCCUAAAACAUUUUUCACAGACACUCACCUGUAUAUAGAAAACAUAGGUAUACCCAGAGACAAGUUGGUGGGACGCAGUCGACCUGGAAGAUUCAGUCACAUCCUGGAUGAUCUGUAUAAAACCAAUGCUCUACCCCCCACUGCCCGUCGCAGUCGGAUAGGGGUUGUCUAUGUACCUAAGGGACAAGGGUAUGCCGAUAUGCACAUUAUAGUCAAUGGGGAAGACAUGGGAGCCUCUGCAAAGAGCAUCCCCACCAAUAAGCCGCUGUAUGCUGUUGUGGAUGUAUUUGCAGCUACUAAAAGUGUUCGGAUUGUCCAGGUGGAAUAUGGAUUUGCCUCACUGCAGACACUCUGCCGAAAGACAAUCCAGAAACACAUCAUUCACAGAAUGGCUUUGGACUGGUUGGAACUUCCUGAGUUACUUAAACACUAUUGUAAAUAUGAGUGAGCAUAACCUAUUAAACAUCUGAGCAGAAAAGGUCUUUAAAACUAAAUGUGGCUGGAAUGUUUUUUUUUUUCUUCGCCCACCUUUACAUAUCUAUAAAAUAAAAAAUAAAUGUUCUUCAAGGUUUGUAGCACUUACAGUGUUGCUCAAACUUGGUACAGUAAUAUUCAUUUCCAGUAAUACUUCAGUGAAUCGUGAUUCUUAUAUUCUCAUAGCUACUGUGAUCUUUCAGCGAGCCAUAGCCUAAAUGCAUAUUAGCCAUGUAAAGCCUGGCAUAUUGAAUAAUAGUAGUCCAAAUAAAUGUUUAUUACAGUUUAGAAUCUUAGACUGAAACUUUAGAUAAAAACUUGAAAAUAUUUUUGUGUUUUAUGUUUUAUAUUUGUAUUUGAUACAUCAGUGUUUUAUGGCAUAAACUGAUAUAGUAAGAAAAAGACCUCAUACUCGAGGAGGAGGGGAAA